AGAAUUUAAAACAUGGUAGUAACAUUUAGUCGUGGUACUACUGAUAGCGACUUUAGAGGCAUUAAUUUUUAAUGUCUCCCUUUUAGGUAGAAGCGUGGCCAUCAGCAGUCUUUAGUAGGGAAAGCGGGGCCUCAAAAUUAAAUGAGAACCAAUACUUUCGAGACUCAAUCAGGAACCACCACGUGGAUAACAAAUUCACAAAUUCACAAAUUCUUCCAACUUCCGUCGUCGUUUCGGAAACAAUUCGGCCACCCACACCACCACUCUGUCACGCCUUUUAGAGGUUUCCACGUUUAUUCUAUUGUCUUCUCACUUGCCUCGCACGCACGUCCGUCAACGGAUCACCAUUGCUCCGGCGCCGAUCUUCUUGAAUAAUUAGGGAUUUCAAUUACUCCGGCCGAAGAUCACAGAUCAAAUCAACAACCUAACUAUAUCUCCUCUUUUUGUUUGGAAAAUUUAAGAGAGUAAGAAAACAUGGCAAGUGGGUUAGGGGAACCGACGAGUGGAGUGCCUCCGAGCGCGUCUUGUUCAGGGAGUGCUAGUAAUGGUGGUGAUGCUGGUAAUUUUGAGUGUAAUAUAUGCUUUGAUUUAGCUCAGGAUCCGAUCAUUACACUCUGUGGUCAUCUCUUCUGCUGGCCUUGCCUCUAUAAAUGGCUUCAUAUUCACUCGCGCUCGCAAGAAUGUCCCGUUUGUAAGGCGCUCGUGGAAGAAGAGAAGUUGGUUCCUCUCUAUGGCCGUGGGAAGAACUCGACAGAUCCCAGGUCUAAAUCAAUACCGGGGAUGGAAAUUCCUCAUCGCCCUGCCGGACAAAGACCUGAAACAGCUCCUCCUCCACCACCAGAUGCUAAUGCAUUCGCUCAUGGUUUCGGGUUCAACACUGGAUUUGGUGGAUUUGCGCCAGCUGCAACUGCUAGGUUUGGGAACUUUACACUGUCUGCAGCAUUUGGAGUUAUCCCAUCAUUGUUCAACAUUCAUGUACACGGAUUCCCUGAUGCCACAAUGUACGGGGCAGCUGGUGGUUUUCCAUACGGUUACAAUGGGUUUCAUGGUGGACAUGCACAUAAUUUCCCUCAGCAGCGCGCAACUCAGCAACAACAGGCCGAUUUCUCUUUAAAGAUAAUCUGUUUGUUGAUUGGGGUUGCUGUCAUUUAUGCUUUAAUCUGUGCUUAGGUAAAAUGGUCCUAGGUUCAAUGCUUUGGAAUCUGUAUAUUUGGUGGCACCGUAGAUGGUAAGGUUAUUUUUCUUUAAUCUUUUCAACCCUUAUUGGCCAAAAGACUAAGUUUAGUAACUCUUUUCACCCCUAUAAUCUGCUUCCAACCGUAUUCUCCACCUUGCAAGGCUGUACUAUGUUACCAUCAUAUUUGAUGAGGAUGAUAGUUGCAAAUAGAGUUUAGCUUUGCUGUGUAUUGUAUUGUAUACAAGGUGCUUUCUUGCACACGAAGAAUAAAUAUUCACUGAGAAUAUGACCCAAAUGAUCUUUGCUUUUGCAACUCUGGUGGUUCAAAUUCUUUUGACUUCCCUUAACUUAUUGUGGUUUGCAACUCUGUUGGUUCAAAUUCUUUUGA